UCAAGUACUCUGUAUUUACAUUAAUCCUGUUUUCCUCAAUAAGAAUGCAUCACGCGUCAUUGUUCCAAUAUUUUUGGAUAUGUAUUAUUAAAUCAUCAGCAGCAGAAGUUUUUAAUUCUAUUCAACACAAAUCUUUUAUUGCUUGUGGAAACACUAUCAUGCGGCUAAACUGUUCAUCAUCCAAUGAUAUUCUCAGAAUAAUCGGUGCCAGUUAUGGGCGGUUUACCUCAUAUUUAUGCCAUCCAAACUCAUGGUCUACGCCGUCCUCACAAUGGGAUUUACAAUGUUCAGCUAGAGGAUCAUUUGCUAUUGCAUCAGAAAGAUGUGAUGGAAAACCUUCUUGUACAUUAAAAGCAUCAACUACUUUGUUUGGUGAUCCAUGUAGUACUACGCCUAAGUAUAUGGAAGUUCUGUAUCGUUGUGUAGAGCAAACUGGUCCGUUAAAGCACAAUCCUCAAAUGCCAUCGACUUUAUCUUAUCCAGCAACUUUAAUUCAUAGAAUUACGUCUUCGACGGUAACAGAGAUUACAUCUCCAAUGGUAACAGAGAUUACAUCUCCAAUGGUAACAGAGAUUACAACAUCAAUGAAACCCAAACUUACAUCACCAAUGUUUCCAGGAUCCUCUGAGAUUGUUUCUAUUGAUAAAACGUGCGACGAGGAUAAAUUAACCUUUUCCAUUUCAGGUAAAUAA